AUGUUUGUUAGUGAACUGUCAAACGAUCUGCAACUUGCGAUCGAGUCUCUUAACGCUGAUAUCGUUGAACUCUACAAAGGCUUUGCCGAUCAUUACCAUGACCAGUGGGACAAUGGUGUCAAGCAAGUCAAUGUCACGGCUGAUUUCCAAGAUUCGGUCGGCAAGGUACAAAAAGGUUGUGAUCAACUCGGCCUGACAAAGGUGGCCCGCUAUUAUCAUGUCGAGAGCGACUAUUACGAUUGGCCCUUGCGACAGCGUGCUUUUCGUGUAUUGGCUCCAUCCCCGGCUCACAUGUGCAAAACAGUGGUGAUGGUCAAUCAAGGUUACUCUGAGAAGCUUGGAUUGGAUGAAAGUGUGUAUCCUAGAUACGUCUGCGUAGUGACUCAGUACAUUGCUCCUGUCAACACUGCCAAGCUACUUGACUACUACCGUGGCCUUGUGGAGAAGCCAGCAGGAAAGAAAUUCUACAACUUUAGAUUGGCAAAACAUGAGAUCUCUUUCGAAUUGACAGGUUUCCGCACUGGUGGCGUGACCCCUAUCGGCAUGGAUAAACCUAUACCGAUCAUCUUGGCUGAUUCGAUCACAAAGCUUUCGCCCUCUACGUUCGUGAUGGGUGCCGGUCAUAUCGAUUGGAAGAUCGCAUUACCCGUACAAGACUUUAUCAAGGCUACAAACUGCCUUGUACUUGAUUUAGAAUAG